AUGCAGGACGACCCCCGAGACCCUGCCGCAGAGACGCGGGUGGACGCGGAUGGUGGCGGUUCCCAGGGGCUCUCUCGGACAGCCAGGACCGGAGCCACAGAGACCGACGCGCGGCCCACCCCACCCACGCCGGCCGCCCCCACCCCGCCCACGCUGGCCUGUGCUGGCUGCGGGCAGGCGGCGGAAUGGUGCUGGGAUGGAGAAACAGGAACUCGGGGGCUCAUCGAAGCCAGCGGCUUGGGCAGGAGGGAUGGCCCGGUGCGGCCUGCCUCAACACCAGGCCCUAAGGGAAGGCGCGUCAGGAAGGCGUUCUGGGCCGAGAUCACCUCCUGGCCCGUCACGCACGCACGCACGCCGCCAGCGUGGCCGGUCCCGGGGGCUGUCGCCGUGAGGGGAAAGGGCAAGUUGGCGGACCUCCCCGACAGGCCCCUGCCCUCCCGUGAGUCGGGCUUGGAGACGGGCUCCGGGGCGGGGGGGACAGGUGACAGGGAGGCCUCGGCCAGGAACGAAUGCGGACCCUCUGAAUCGCCCCUACUUUCAGCACAGCCCGUGCUUCCCCACGACCUCCUCCAGGAGGCCCUCCAGAGCCCGCGGGAAGCCUCUUCUCCGCCUCCAGCGUGCCUCUAG